CAGACUACACUUCCCAGCAUGCCUUGCGCGGCUCGGUUGCCAGGACUCGGGAAAGUUGAUGGCCGCUGAGAUUGGAGGGAGCUAUCGGGAGAGAAAGCUCCUGCAUGACGCCUGAUGUUACCCAUAGGACAGUCUGUUGCAUUAUGGGGCCUGGAUCUGCAUGGACUGUAUCAAGCACAGGCCUGGUCUGCAUUGUUCCCUUCUAUGCCUUCCUAAAACCAGGCUCUCAGCAAGAUGGGGCAUCCCAGGCUUGAUUGGCACAUCAAAUAUUGGAAGAAUUGGGCACAUUUUCUCUGCUUCUGACAACCACCACUAAAACUUGAGCAUGGACGGUGAGGUAGUGAACGGCUGGGCAGUGAAUUGUGAGCAUCUCCAAACUCACAGCGACUUUCUCCCAUCCAUGAAAUCCAUGCCUAUUUCUGCUGUGAAACAUAGCAGCGUCUUACAGAACCUGGUGAGCAAAGAAGAGGAGCCCGAGAGAGAGCUGGAAAGUGAAGAUCUGCUCAGAGCGGAGGAGGAAUGGGAUGCCCUGGACAGUAUACAGUCAGGGCUGUACUGUGAGAAGUCCGCGCUCCUGGGAGAUCUUCCUGGACAGACACCUUUAAUCUCCUUUAAUGAAGCAUUGCAGUAUUUCCAGACAGCAGACCUGUCUGAGUACAUGACGAAGAUUCAGCCCACUGUUCGGCGCUCCGGGUUCUCUGCAAUCGCCCAUCUGCUGUUCGGACCCCCGCGACUUAAUAAAGAACUUCAUGCAGAGAGGGACUUGGUGCUGACCAUAGCACAGUGUCCCCUUGAUAGCAGUCAGCAGGUUCAUAUUCGAGUCCUACAGACCAUAUACAAGAAGCUGACCGGUGCCCGCUUUGAUUGUCCCCUAUAUGGUUCGCACUGGGAGCAGCUGGGAUUCCAAGGCCUGGAUCCUGGCACUGACCUGAGAGCUGGCGGCCUGCUAGGUCUAAUGCACCCGCUGUACAUGGUGAUGGAGCCCAGAACACUGCCUUUGGCACAUGAUAUUUUCCGACUGUCGCAGCACCACACACAGAACUUCCCAUUCUGUAUCAUGUCUAUUAACAUCACCAGAAUCUGUAUACAGACUCUAAGAGAGGAGCGUGUGAGUAGGGAGUGUAACCGUAGACAGCAGGUCUUUGCGGUGCUUAAUGACUUCUAUGUGGCCAUUUUCUACCACCUCUAUCAUUUAUGGAAAACGCAGAACAAAACCAUCAGCGACUCCGGCUUCAUCCUCAAAGAGAUUGAAGCUCUUGCCAAGAGGAAGCCAAGAGAACUAUUGCGCCAGCUGGAUGUCCAUCUAAAAGAGCGGCCUCUGCCCAAAGAUCUGCCUCUGGAAAUCUGGUCAAACAACCCCACGGAACAGCGGAUCUCCAACCAUGAUGGGAACCACGGAGAAGCAGGGGGGAUCUGCUUUACAGGGGUCUGUGAGCAGCAGGUUCUAGAGGACAGGCUAAUUUGAGACUUGGCACAGUCGCAUGUAGGCACAGGUGUAGUACUUAUGGAAACCCAGCUGCUGGGGUUAUCUGCUCAUCGAUGUCUGGUGUCUGCUAAAUGCUCAUCAUCCAUUUCUGCAGUGGAGGAGGCUGGGAGGAACAUAGGCUGAAGAGCAGGGAGACAUUUGUAUACUGCUUACAUAAAGCAUAGUUUCUAGCUCAUGUGCAACACAUGUAAACCCUAAACUGCAAGCACGUAUGAUGUGCAGAAUGUACAGUGCUCAGGGCUGCUUACCCAGGCUAAGCCUAAUGCAGAAAACAUAUAGGGCACACACAGCAAUUGGGGUAUUUGCACAUGGACAGAAGAGGAUAGAGGUAAAUGAUAUAGUUUAGCUCAGGUCUGAUCAGCGCUCAGCAGUGACCAGUAGAACAGAACAUAGUAAUACUGAGGCCGUUAUCGCCAACAUUCCUCAAGUACCCAGUACAGAUGCGUGAUUGUCUGAGCUUCUGAUUGUUCCAGGAACAAGACGAUUAAUUGUGGAGACAAAGUGGGAUUCCCUAAUACAUAUAUAUAUGGUUUUAGACUAUAUUUACAUUUACACGGGCUGUGCUUCCCUCUGUAUGAUGUCAUGUGUAAAGUUCAUGUGAAUUUAAUCCGCCCACACAAGGUGUAAUUUACAGAAGUGACCAAUCAUUGUACAUCAUUCCGUGUCCAAAUGGGAUUCCGUUAAAUUCUGUUUGUUGGGAUAUGAAGAAAACACUUAAUGAUGACCCCUUUAUGUCCUCUACAAUAUGCCAUGACCAAAUUGUUCACUGGUCUGGUUGUUUGGUGAUGGCGCCAAAUUAGCAGACCGCAGUGUUUUGUGGGUGCCUUUACUCUUCAGAAAUACAUAAUACACAGGUUUGUGUGUCCCACCACAUCUAUGACUGGUGGCUAAUAGAGGAAACCCCUUAUAUAGCUUUGGGGCAGCCAGUGUCUAACGUUAUCCAGCCUAUUGGCGCAAGGGCUACAUUUACAUUUCUUACAUAUUGCCACAUGUUUAAUGUUUGAAUCGUGUUUAAAUGCGGAUUUGCCGUGUUUGGGCAGCUUGAGGGAUCAGUCGCCAUCUUUAGGGAACACUUUAGCUGAAAAAAGUCAAUUUGCGCUGUGAGAAGAGAAAAUGACAUGUAAAUUGUUUGGUUUGGGAUAGUUUUAUUUUUUAACAAUUAUUUAUUUUUUUAGGUGUGGGGAGGUAGCAAUAGGUUUCAAGAGGUAUAAUGUGAUGGCGCACUGCACAAUUCUGUCAUUUCAUCACAUUACCAGUAGAUUGCCAACAUCACUGUGUUUUUAUUCUUAUCUUAAAUGUGGUGUUUGCUGAAUGAACAUUUUUCCAUUAAAUCUAGUUAGUGAGUCUGCAGCCUGCCUACAUGUUUUGUCACUGGGUAGCAGAGCAUGCGGAGGUGGGCUUUAGCUUUUCCAUAUUGAUGACUGUUCAUCAUACACCCCUGAAUGGAACUGCUUGAAGAGAGAGAAAGUACCAACCAAUCAGCUCCCAACUUCCAUGUUACAGGCUGGGUUUGAAAAAUGUCAGGAGCCGAUUGGCUGGUACUUUUAUCUCUGUCCACUUUACCUCUCUCCUUGGCUUAGUAGAUAGACCCCUUUAUCUCUCUAUAAACUUUGCUUAAUUUCCCCCUUUAUUAUUUAUUAUGGCCACUUUCAGCAAAGAGAAGCACAUGAUAAAUCAUAGAAGCAGGACAAUAGCUUGCACCGAUACAUGACAGGAAUCUCCUAUGGCGAAUUAGUGACAGGUAGUGUGAUGUGCAUGAUGUGUAUUGCACUUUCCUCCUUCGUCAGUUUUGGGAAGAUUUUCAAGCUUGUUCUUGUGUAUGUGUGUGUGCUACAGUAGCUCUGUUAUAUUAGGAACAUUGAGGGUAAUUCCAAGUUGAUCGCAGCAGG